AUGGAGCGCAAGAACCGCCCAGCACCAAUCCCCUCCUCCCCCAGCUUCCAACAGCCCUCCGUCGACCUCACAGACAACGUCCUCACCGCCCGACUCCCCUCCGGCGACAGCGUCACCGUCUACCUCUACGGCGCCACCGUCACCUCCUGGAAGACCGCCAACGGCGCCGAAAAGCUCUUCCUGUCCUCCGCCGCCGCUCUCGACGGCUCCAAGCCCAUCCGUGGAGGCAUCCCUCUAGUAUUCCCUGUGUUCGGUCCACCACCAAAAGAUCACGCUACGGGUCAGCUGCCUCAGCAUGGCUUUGCACGGAAUAACUUCUGGGAGUUCUUGGGGAAGAGCAGUACGGAGAGCACGGGCAAGAAGGCUGAUGAUAGUGUCAAGUUGGACUUUGGCCUGAGCAGUGGUAUGCUAGAUGAGGCGACGAGGAAGAAGUGGCCGCAGGACUUCGGGCUGGUGUACAGUGUCACGCUGGGCAAGGGCAGCUUGAAGUGUGCGUUGCAUGUGCAGAACAAGGGUGCUGAGGCUUUCGAGUUCCAGUGCUUGUUCCACACCUAUCUUGCAGUCAAGGACAUCACAAAGACCAGCAUCUCUGGCCUCGCCUCAGCUAACUACAUCGACAAAGUCCGCGGCGCCCACCCCUUCACCGAAUCCUCCAACAACCUCGUCUGCAGCGGCGAGACCGAUCGAGUCUACACUCCCAACCCAUCCGAUAGCAAGAUCACAGUCAACGAGGCCGGCAAGCCGAGCUUCGUUAUGACGAGAGAAUCGCUUCCCCAGACGACGGUGUGGAAUGGUUGGGAGGAAAAGAUCAAGGGCAUGGGUGACUUUGAGCCCAAGGAUGGAUGGAAGCGAUAUUUGUGUAUUGAGCCAGGCAGUGUCAAUAGCUGGACAAAGCUGGAGGGUGGAGACGCGUGGGAGGGCAGUGCUACGUAUGAGAGUAAGCUGUGA